AUGAAGGCCACUGUCGCAUUGUCCCUGCUGCUCUUUGCGCCGAACAGUCUCCAAGAUGACUCGCCUGCGCAAAAGGCCUGCAAGGCACUGCAGGACAAGUAUCCCAAAUUGACCGCGUAUGAUUUGGAUCCGCGCUACAUCGAGGCCAACACGGACUUCUAUACGUCCAGCGCCUUCCUCGGCCCAGCAUGCGUCUUUGAGCCGUCCGACAGCUACCAGAUGGCCGAUGCCGUGCUAACCUUCCAGAACUUCUCGUCUCCCUUUGCCGUGCGUGGUGGUGGACACAUGCCCAUCGCUGACGCGGCGAAUAUCAAUUCCACGGGUGUCCUGCUCUCCACGGCAGGCCUGUCGCAGGUGCAGGUGUCUGAUGAUAAGAAGACGGUUAAUGUCGGGCCUGGCAAUCAUUGGGUCGAUGUGUACAGGGGGCUGGAGCCGUACGGGUUGACUGUUGUUGGUGGUCGGUUGGGUGUGGUUGGUGUGCCGGGUCUACUGCUGGGAGGGGGGGUGUCGUAUUUUGGGAAUGAGUAUGGGUGGGGGUCUGCGAAUAUCGCUAGUUUUACGGUCAUCCUGGCGAAUGGAACGGUUGCAGUCGCGCGUGCAGACAAUGAGUACUCGGAUCUCUUCUGGGCGCUCCGUGGUGGUGGAAAUUCGUUUGGUAUCGUGACGAACUUUGAGAUGAACACUAUCGAGGCACCCGAGGUGAUGAUUGGAUUGGCUUCGUACGUGAGCAACGAGCAUACUGCGGACGACUUCAUCGACGCCGUCCACGACUACGCCGUGUCGGGGACGAAAGACCACAAAUCAGCCACUAUCCCGACGGCAGAGUUCAUCCAAGCCUUGGGGACCGUGUUUUAUAGUUCAUUCCUGUUCUACAACGGGAAGAACGAGUCGCCCGCGUCGUUGAGGAAGUUCCUAGGUACGAAGAACGGCACGUCGACGCAUGACCAAGGGCUGAAGACCAUGACCAACUCGUACUCGUACCGGUCGAUGUACAAAUGGUCGCAAGAGCUGGACCCUACAUUCCCGCUGCUCAAGGGUGACCGUCAGCGAUUCUACGUGUUGAACAUUCACGCGUCGAACCGCGAGGCCAUCGCCAUCGUGCACGACACGUACCUGGACAUUGCCAAGUCUGAGCUUCCGCCUGGCGUCCUUGUCGCGGCACUGGCGUUUCCUGCUGUUGGUGAGAGGUAUAUCGAGGCAUCGACGGUGAACGGCGGCGACCCCAUGUCGUUGGAUCCCGAAGGCGCGCCGUACAUCUGGGUCGAGGAGAGUAUCACGGCGCUGAGCACGGUGACGGACGAGCAGCUGGAUGAGUUUUACGACAAGGCGAACGCAGAGAUCACCAAGCGCCUAAACGAGAGGGGCAUUGACAUCCCGGCGUUCUUGUACCUGAACGACGCCAAUCCCAAGCAGGACGUGUUCGCGACGUAUCCCCAGGAGAACGUGCAGCGGUUGAGGAGGAUCAGGGCCAAGUAUGAUCCCGAACGGGUGUAUACGGAUUUGAUGCCCGGAGGAUGGAAGGUGGAUUAA